AUGUCAACUAUUGCCGAGGAAGGACUUCCUGUGUCACCAGUUAACAAUCCGGAGACCUCGAAUGAGCAACCAUCAACGAUGAAUCCCGUGGAAAACGCAACUUCAGACCCAGAAGCAGAAGACGCGAAUCGAAGCACACCAACAGCUCCUACCGACGUCACAACGUUGUUUGCAACAAUGAUGGCUCGAAUGGAAGAGCUGAAUCGUCAAACAAGCGCUCGCCUGAACGAGCUCGCCGCGGCACAACUUUCUUGCCAAGAUCAAGUCAACACGUUACAUUCCUCAGAGACCCAAGCCCCAGAGAGACGAGCUCAAGAAAUUCAACGAGUACAACGCGCCUUAUUCGGAGACUCCCCCGCUCCGCCAACAACAGAAAAUCAUCCGACCUCGAACUGCGACGAGGUGAACAUCGGAGCUCCCGAACACGAAACACGUCGGCUUCAAAUAAGAAACUCGCAGCAGGAUGAAGAAAUGCUCGAAAUGAGAGCCAAAUUGCGAGCCAUGACUACACUUGUUCAUCAAGCAACUAGCUCGGCACCUGAGAUCGAUCGUGUGUUGAAAGAAAGUCAAAGCACACCAUUCACGACUCGAAUCACCGAUUUUCCAAUUAGAACUCAAGUAAAGUUCAACCUCCCGACAUAUACAGGCAACUCGGAUCCGAGUCAAUUCAUGACCGCGUUCAGCAUUCAAAUGGGCCGAGCACGAUUCACUCCCGAGGAGAAGGAUGCAGGUUUCUGCCAACUAUUCGUCGAAAAUCUAAGCGGCGCGGCCCUCGUCUGGUUCUCCAAAUUGAAAGUGAAUUCGAUUGACAGCUACCAAGCACUGUCAACGGCAUUCCUCAAAAGGUACAUGAUGUAUAUCCAAGGCGCAGUCUCCAGCGCCGACCUCUACCAGAUCAAACAGGGCGAAAAAGAAUCCCUUCGGUCAUUCAUCGGCAGGUUCAACGCGAUCGUCUCUCGAAUCACCGUAACUGACGAGGCAUCACUGCCAGCCCUUCGGAAUGCCCUUCGAAUCGAUUCAAAGUUUCGAGACAGUCUCAAGUUCAACAAACCCCGUACUCUCGAGGACGCACUUCAUCGUGCCACCUUAUACAGCGAGGACGAGGAAGAAAAAGAGAGCGCGUCGUCAGCAAAAGCGACGCCGAAGCAGCAGCCUCACAAAGAGACCCCCAAACAAGAAUAUCAGGAGCCUCGACAGCACCUCGACAAUAAUUAUCGAAGUGACAAUCGCCGAGGAGCAACGUACAACAUCAGCACUCAACAGCAACAGAAUCGCCAGUACCAAAACCAAUCGAACACCUGGCAGCGGGGAGAUCACGGAGAGACACGGCCUUUCUGCGAUUAUCACAACAAAUACGGUCACCCGACUGCGAUGUGUCGCGAGCUACAGGCUUAUUUGCUCGCCAAAUAUCGCAAGGGGGAGAUCGCUUUAUCAAACCAGCCCCAAAACACUGUGACACGAAACAAAGGAACUCGACCGACGGCUCCCGCCGAGCAGCUUCCACCUCCUCACCCAAGGAACGAACAACCCAACGACGACAUUGCGAAGAGAGACCGUGAAAACCAGCUUCGAGGUGAUACCCCUCCGGCAUCUCGAAAGAAGGUUUUCUUUAUCAUGGGAGGCCUAUCGACGUGCAACGAUUCCGUCAGGUCGAUAAAAAAGUACGGCCGCCAGGUCAUGCUCGCACAAAAAUGGCAAGUUAAAAGUCCUAAGACCGCCGAUUGCGGUGCAAUCACCUUCACCGAGGCCGACACCGAGGGAGUCGACAUGCCGCAUAACGAUCCGCUUGUGGUCGAACUGCGUAUCGCCGAUUGCGAGGUGUCUCGGAUACUGGUUGAUACAGGGAGCUCGGUCGACCUGAUUUUCAAAGAAACACUUGACAAAAUGGAUGUGGCGAACCAUCAUCUCAAGUCUUCGAUUAAGCCACUCACAGGAUUCGAUGGAGAUACGGUCUACUCAAUCGGGACGAUCAGACUCCCAGUUUACGCGGCAAAAACGACCCGCCUCGUCAAAUUUGUUGUCAUCGAUAAACCUGCCAUCUACAACGUAAUUCUAGGUACGCCCUGGUUGCAAUCCAUGAAAGCGGUGCCGUCGACCUAUCAUCAAUGCCUCAAGUUCCCAACCGCGUUCGGGGUAAAAACUAUUCGAGGCUCUCAGGAGAUAUCGAGACUCUGCUUCGCUGCAGAGCACAAGCUCCGAUUCAAAUCCACGAUUCCAGCCAAGGUAUGUCUCACGAUUUUACCCGUAACUCAAGUCGAUUUGCCAACUCAAGAAAGACCGAAGCAAGAGCUCAUCGUCCAAGUGAACAUCGAUGAAAGCGACCCCGAACGAUGUGUAGGAAUCGGAGCCGAUUUAAAGGAGGAGAUAAAGGUUGAACUCGUAAGACUUCUUCGCCAAAACGCGUCGACGUUCGCCUGGUCAGUAAGCGAUAUGCCAGGGAUCGAUCCCUCAAUCACCAGUCAUGAGCUUAACAUCGACCCAACGUUUAAACCGAUCAAGCAGAAGCGAAGGAAGUUAGGUCCAGAAAAGGCGCAAGCCGUCAAUGACGAGGUCGAACGUCUAUCAAAGGCUGGCUCGAUCAUCGAGGUUAAAUACCCCGAGUGGUUAGCCAACCCGGUCGUCGUCAAAAAGAAAAAUGGGAAGUGGCGAAUUUGCGUGGAUUUUACCAAUCUCAACAAGGCAUGCCCCAAGGAUAGUUUCCCCUUGCCACACAUCGACCGAAUCGUCGAGGCAACCGCCGGAAACGAGCUCCUGUCGUUUAUGGACGCCUUCUCCGGUUACAACCAAAUCACGAUGCAUCCCGAAGAUCGCGAGAAGACGUCCUUCAUCACCGAUCGAGGUACUUAUUGCUAUAAGGUAAUGCCGUUCGGCCUGAAGAACGCGGGCGCGACAUACCAACGACUAGUCAACCACAUGUUCGCCGAGCAGUUAGGACGAACAAUGGAGGUUUACAUCGAUGAUAUGCUUGUCAAGUCACUCACCGCCGGUGAUCACAUCGCCCAUCUGCAAGCCUGCUUCACCGUUCUAAAUCAAUACCAGAUGAAGCUCAAUCUGACUAAGUGUACCUUCGGGGUAACUUCUGGAGAGUUCCUCGGCUACAUCGUCACUAAACGAGGAAUCGAGGCAAAUCCGAAGCAGAUCGAUGCCCUGAUCAGUCUUCCAUCGCCUCGCAACACUCGCGAAGUCCAACGUCUCACCGGCCGGAUCGCGGCACUUAACCGUUUCAUCUCUCGAUCAACGGAUAAAUGUUUGCCCUUCUACCAGCUCCUCCGAGGCAACAAGCGUUUUGAAUGGGACAGCAAAUGCGAAGAAGCUUUUCAACAACUCAAGGAAUACCUCGCCAGCCCUCCAAUUUUGGCAAAACCGGAAACAGGCGAAACCCUCUACCUCUACAUCGCGGUGUCGAGCUCAGCGGUUAGCGGCGUCUUGGUCAAAGAAGAUCGAGGCGAGCAGAAACCGAUUUUCUACGUUAGUAAGACUCUCGACGACGCAGAAAAACGGUAUCCAACUUUGGAGAAGCUCGCACUCGCGGUCAUUAUGUCCGCCAGAAAGCUACGACCCUACUUUCAAUCCCAUUCAGUCGUUGUCUUGACCAAUCAACCGCUUCGAACGAUAUUGCACAGCCCGAGCCAAUCAGGCCGCAUGGCAAAAUGGGCUGUCGAGCUAACGGAAUACGAUAUCGAGUAUCGCAAUAAAACAAGCGCCAAAUCGCAGGUUCUCGCGGAUUUUUUGGUCGAGCUUCCUCUAGAGCUAAUCCAGACCGAUCUACCUGAUGAGAAGUGGUCCUUGUACAUCGACGGAUCUUCCUCAACUCGAGGCGCAGGUUUAGGCAUCCACCUAGAAUCUCCGACGAAGGAGAUAUUGGAGCAAUCAUUCCGGCUCGAAUUUCCAGCCUCCAAUAACGAAGCAGAGUACGAGGCCUUACUCGCAGGACUACGCCUGGCGCAAGGAAUCGGGGUCAAAAAGAUCGAAGCUUUCUGCGAUUCCCAACUCGUUGCCAGCCAAUACAGCGGCGACUACGACACAAGAAACGACCGGAUGGACCUGUAUCUUAAAGCCGUUAAGAGCCUCGCCAAUCGCUUCGAAUUUUUCUCACUCACUAGAAUUCCGCGCAGCGAUAACACUUCGGCAGAUGCACUAGCCGCCCUCGCAUCGACGUCCGAACCACAUCAACGGCGUGUAAUCCCGGUCGAGAGCAUCGAUUCCCCCAGCAUCGUCUUACCUGGAGGAGUAUGCGCGGUUCAGGAGCUCGAAGCCAACAGAUUAGACGCCAUCGAAUUACCUCCCCCCGAGGUCAUAGAUGAGCCCGCCGAGCAAGAACCAACAACCGAAGACUGGAGGAUUGAAAUACUGCUCUACAUUACGGAUGGCCAAGUCCCAGACGAUCGAUGGGCAGCGAGGCGUUUAAAAGUUCGUAGUGCUAAAUACAUUCAAUCACACGGCAAUCUUUAUCGUUGGAGCUCGACAGACGCUCUACUCAAUUGUCUUCACGGUGAAGCGACGCUCGAUGUCAUACGAGAAACGCACGAAGGAGCAUGUGGAAAUCACUCCAACGGUCGAGCUCUCGCCCUAAAAAUCAAAAACCACGGUCAUUUUUGGCCGACAAUGCUUACCGAUUGCGAUCGGUUCGUAGCUCGCUGCGAGCAAUGCCAACGACAUGCACCCACGAUCCACGCACCAGCCGAACUCCUAGCUGCAUCCUCACCACCUUACCCCUUCAUGAGAUGGGCAAUGGACAUCGUGGGUCCCUUACCUCGAUCCCGACAGAAACGAUUCAUACUUAUCGUCACCGAUUAUUUUACGAAAUGGGUCGAGGCCGAGUCCUAUGCCAAAAUCAAAGCAACCGACGUGAAGAACUUCGUCUGGAAAAACAUCAUAUGCCGUCACGGACUGCCCUACGAGAUCGUCACCGAUAAUGGUCCCCAGUUCAUCUCCGAUGUAUUCGAAGACUUUUGUGCCAAGUGGAAGAUACGACUUAGCAAAUCUACACCGCGAUACCCGCAAGGGAACGGACAAGCCGAGGCGACCAACAAGACUAUCCUCGAUGGCAUCAAAAAGCGACUCGAGGAUAAGAAAGGCUUAUGGGCAGAUGAGUUAGACGGAGUUUUAUGGUCACAUCGAACUACACCGCGAAGAUCGACGAAUAAAACUCCUUUCUCAUUGUCACAUGGCAUAGAAGCUUUGGCUUCGGCCGAGGUCGGUUUACCAACCAUACGUAGAGCGAUGUUGACACAAGACACAAAAAAGAACGGAAGAAUGAUGAAGGAUAGCCUCGAUAUGCUCGAAGAGGAGCGGGAUCACGCCCUGUUACGUAUGCAAAAUUAUCAGCAGCAAAUCUCACGAUACUACAACAAACGCGUGAAAGGAAGGCACUUCGAAGCCGGCGACCUCGUCCUUCGAAAAGUGUUCGAAAACACCGAAGAAUACCAUGCCGGAAAACUAGGCGCGAAGUGGGAAGGCCCCUACCAAGUCACCAACGUCGUGAAACCUGGCGUCUACGAGCUGAUGACGAUGGACGGUGAAAUGCUUCCUCGAUCUUGGAACUCGAUGAACAUUAAACGGUACUUCUAUUAA